GAAUUGUCCAUAGUUGGCACCAGAGGAAAGAACAAUGCCAUCGCUGAGCGCUUCUCGAAGUACCAACUGGCUGCAGAGGAAGCCAACCUGGAGAGGAAGAAAGCCACCUGAUCAAUUAACACUGGGUGGUCACGCACUUCACAGGCAUGAAGGACUACAAUGUAAUGCCAGAUCCCACCUGGGCAAUACAGACACACUUCCUGGAGGUCUGUUGGCUGGGCCCGGGAAUGUCACCUGAGGGGAUAUAAACAGACAGCAGGGAAUUGAGUUAUUUUCAUUAAGCUUUUUCAAUCCCAGGUAUGUGUCCGAGUCUGGAAUAAGUCGACUGUCAGCUGUUGUAUUGUAUUGUGAGCAAGGCUUUCAAGGCAUUUAGUGGGAUUUGUUGUUGUUGUUGCUACAAUUAUGUACAUAAUCACUGUUAGCAGGAGAACUUAACAUAAGAAAAUCUGUUCGUCUUCACAGUUUGUGUGUGUGUGUGUGCUGCUGGUCUCUAUCCUCAAAUGGUUCAUUUCUCCAAAAAAAUGACAAUUUCCUGCUCUCUCAUUUUUGGGAUUUUCCCCUUCUUUCAAUUGACCUUUUCUGUUUUUUUCACUCUCUCUUACUCAUCCUCCUUCUUUCCUUUCUAUGUUCCCCCCUCUCUCUUCCACUGUUACUCGAUUUCUCUCCCUCCUUCCCUCUCUGUGUUUCUCUCACACUCUCUCCUGGCAUAGAGGGGUGGGCAAGCUAGCUCCUUCAUGCAGAUCUUUUCUCAAAGCUCACAUCUGGGAGAGCUUUUAUCAUUUCCACCCAACAGACACAGAGCCAACUGGAUCUCCAGGUUACCGGGCUUUCCAAGGCUGCGGAGCCGUCGCCACAGACUUCCCGCAGUUGCAACCUGAGUGUGUUGAAGAAGCUUUGGGAGCAGCCUGUCCAGUCAGCCACACCUUGUGCCACGCUACCCCACACUCGCCGCUUACUCCCCUCAGAUCCUAACGCCAAGCACCAGACCCAGGCAACUCAGGCCCAGCCACCUCUCUCACCAGACCCCAACACCAGUCCCACAGCCGCAGAGGACCAGGCAGGACCAGGUAUGGAGAGGAGAGGGCAGCAGAGAGAGCGAGAGAGGCAGGAGGGAGGAGCAGCAGAAGUGCCUUGCAUCCCCAGUGAGAAGCCCGACAUACCCCUCAACAACCUCAAGAUGAUGUUCCAGAAAGGAGAGAACCUUCAGAACAAAGUGUCCAGAGAGCCUGUGAGGAUUGGAGGGACCGGAGGCAUCACUGACAACAUGGAUCAGCUACUUGGAGAUUCAGGGAGCAUAGAGUCCAUGCCCCUGAGGGACAGGAUGGCCAUGUACCAGGCUGCUGUGUCUAAAACAGAGGUGUUAUCCUCCUCAGUCAGCAGUGAUCAGCUGGACUCUGACCUCUGCAGCAAACAGAAGGAGAACAUACCCCCAGGCAGUGUGGACACGGGUCCGGACUCAGAGCCCAACAGUAGGAAAGCAUCUUCCACAGAGAGCAAUGCAGGCUCCAGUACCGGCACCUUCUCUGCAUCCCCCCCGACUCAGAAGGACCAAGCUCAGCCCAAGACCUCCAGGAGCUUCUGCUUGCCUGCAAGAGAGAGUUGUGUGUCAUGUCAGAAGACAGUCUACCCUUUAGAGCGUCUGGUAGCCAACCAAAAGGUCUACCACAACACCUGUUUCAGAUGCUCCCACUGCAACACCAAACUCAGCCUGGGGACCUACGCCUCUCUGCACAGCCACGUCUACUGCAAGCCUCACUUCUGCCAGCUGUUCAAGGCCAAGGGCAACUACGACGAGGGCUUCGGCUUGCGCCCUCACAAGGAGCUGUGGGAGACCAAAGGAGAGAGUGGGGCUGGGGAGGAACCCAGGACAGAGCUGACUACCAAGGCCACCUCCUUUUCCAAAGACAAGCUGAAGAAGUGCGCCUCUACUGGCACGCUGUUGGUCAGCCCAGCAGUAGAGGAGUCUCCACUGGCCAAGGUCAACGUGGUGACGGCCUCCCUGGAGACCCGCGCCCAGAGCUCAGCAGAGAAGGACAAGCCAGUGGAAACACGUCGGCUGAAGAUCUCCUGGCCCCCCCGCACUGAAGGAGACGGAGAGGGGGGUAACACUGGGGACAGUCCCACCUCAGACGGGAGCUCCGCUGGGAAACAAUCCCGUGCUAAGUGGCCCCCAGAGGAUGACUCAGCCUCCACCGACCAGAGCCCAGAGCCCACCAUACGCUCCACCCUCUGCAGGAGCGCCUCCCUCAAGGAGCGUAGCCGACCCUUCUCAUUGGCCAUGGCCUCCCAUGCUCCCGCUCCUGCUGCCAGUCAGACAGCCAAUCCUGAGCCACUGGAGAGAAGCUCAUUCGAGGACAGGGAGCCUGAACUGGCCUGUAGCCCUGAGGAACAAGGCAUGGAGGACCAGGAACAACCAAACAGCCUGUCACCCGACUACCACACGCCUUCUAACGACAGCUACGUGGACAUCCACACCAGCUCUGAGGACGAGGGGAUGGAGGGGAGAGUGGCACGUCUGAAAGACCACCACGAAUUACUAGAAGCAAACCAUGAACAGGGAGCAAAGAAUGACGGGGAGGAAGAGGAAAAGCUGGAGGGAGAAGAAGAGGGAGCAGGAAAAGAGGGGGAACGGUUACCUUCUCAAAACUGCCAGACUGCCUCGUCAGAGAUGGCCGCACCCCCCUCGUCUCUGGAGACUGAGCAGAGGUCCAAGACCAACCGCACGUCUCAGGAUGUGGGCUUCUGGAACGGCGAGGAGGCAGUGUCUGUAGAGGAGAUGAUUAAGAGGAACCGCUACUAUGAGGAAGAUGAGGACGAGGAGGACUGAAAGAGACUGGACUGGCGUUUAUCAUGCCAUGAAAACGAUCAGCCAUUAUCACCACACUGACUGUUAACUUCUUCCCCCUUUUCAUUUCCCUGUUACUAAGGAACAGUGUCUGGCUGCGUUUGGUGCCAUGUCAGGUGUUAUACUCUCUGAGCUCUAUUUGUGCCUCUGAACUAUCACCUCAAUUGGAGUGAUCAAGUCCUCAGAAUAUCUACAUUGUUAGUUUUCCAUAAUAUAGAUUUAUUGAAGCACAGAUCAGUCUUAUGAUUGUGUAUCAUUCAACGCUAAUUUUAAGAUAUUCCAUGAUCUGAAACAACCUAUUGUGGGUCAUUUAUUUCUGUCCGUUCUACCUUAGUCUGGAUGAUGGCACAGUAAAAAACAAACGAAUGCUGAUGAUACCAACUGAACCCAGUGAAUGAGACAUAUGAGUCUGUUUUUAGAGAGUCCGAUGAAUGUUUAUAAGGUGGAUUGUUUGAUCAGAACCGCAGGAGAGCUCAGCUGAAAGGACAGGAUCGGUUUUCACCAUAUUCUUUCUGCUUGUUAUCAUUGUUUGUAUGAAUUUUAAAAAGGAUGCACACAAAAUA